AUGGAAGCGUGGCCGCCUCUCGCCCCCGCGGCGGCAGCCGCCGCCACCCCGACCGCCGCCGCCUCAGACGAUGCGGCGGCUGCUCCGGCCGGUGCCGGGGCGUGGGGAGCAGCGGCGACGGCGCAGCGGAAGGCCGUGGAGAAGGAGUCGGCGGCGCAGGCGGUGAGCCGCAUCGUGGCGAGCUGCGCCAACUCCAGCGGCGUGGCGGUCGCCGUGGUGGACGCCAACGCCGUCAUCUCCGGCGGCUCCGCUCUCUCCACCUCCGCGGGGCGCCUUGUAACCGUGCCGGAGGUGCUCGAGGAGGUCCGGGACGCGGCCGCGCGGCGGCGGCUCGGGCUCCUCCCCGUCCCCGUCGAGACCGUUGAGCCUGCGCCGGAGUUCGUUAAGAAAGUUACCAAGUUUGCCAGGGAGACAGGAGACAUCCAGACGCUUUCAGAUGUUGAUAUCAAGAUUAUUGCUUUGGCUUACAUGUUAGAAGCUGAGAUCCAUGGGACUAGCCAUUUGCGGGAGCACCCUCCUCCUUUGCGUGAGGUGAAUGUCAGAAAGCUGUCAGAAGCUCCACUGCCUGGUUGGGGCUCUAAUGUACCUAACCUGAAAGAGUGGGAAGAGUUGGAUCAGAUGUCUGAAGCUGGUGGAGAUAUCAAUUCUCGAAUACUUCCUCUGAAGGAUAUUGAGAAUCAAGAUAUCCCGAUGAGCAAGUCCAACAGUGUCUGUGAGGCACAAGAGGAUACAGAGCACCGACCUUCAGAGAAGGAUGCACCUGUUGCAUGGGAGGAAGAUGAGAACAAUGUAGGCUGGAUGCCUGCUGUUAGCCGCAGCACCCACAGAAGAUAUUUGCGGAGGAAGGCAAGGCGUGAUGCCCUCAAGGAAUCUGGACAAAGUUUUGAGACAAGUUCUGUUGCUCCAUCAAUUGAUGAUGAUAAAGUUCUCUCUGAAAAUAGUGGAUUGGAGCAUGGUCUGACUUCAUCAGAUGGCCUUUCUUCUGUCCCUGAGAAAAUCAGUGCAAGUUCUGAUGGUUUUGAUGAACAUCAAGCAGAGAAUGACACUGAAAUUGCUGGAGAACAUUUGCAUUCUGACCAGCUAGCUUACGGUGAUGAUACUGACGCGUGCACCAAAGAAUUGGAUAACCUAGAUAUAAAAGGUGAGGAUGAGGGAGGUGAUGAUGCACAUUCCAUAGAUGAUGAGAGCAGUGAGCAGAGUUGGACCCUGAGGUCCUUAUCCGAAUCAACUGUAGCAUGUGUUACUAGUGAUUACGCCAUGCAAAAUGUCAUCCUGCAGAUUGGCCUCCGUCUCAUAGCACCAGGUGGCAUGCAGAUACGACAGAUGCAUAGGUGGGUUUUGAGGUGCCAUGCUUGCUAUAAGGUGACCCAAGAGGUUGGCAAAAUAUUUUGUCCGAAGUGUGGCAAUGGUGGGACCUUACGGAAGGUUUCAGUAACUGUUGGUGAAAAUGGGAUCACUAUGGCUUCACGGCGCCCACGGGUUACACUUCGAGGCACAAAAUUUUCCCUCCCAAUGCCCCAAGGUGGAAGAGAUGCCAUAACUAAGAACCCCAUUCUUCGUGAGGACCAACUUCCUCAGAAGGUUCUUCAUCCUAAAUCGAAGAAGUCCAGCAAGGAGGAUGAUUUCUUGGGCGUCGACGACAUAUUUUCGCACAGUGGUGAUAAGAAGGCACAACAGAAACCUCCAGUGAGGAAGGCACUCGCAAUGUUCAGUGGGAAAAGAAAUCCAAACGACAACCACUUUUCUCGCAAGAAGCACUAA